AUGGCAAGCAGAUACCUCCAGGGAGAGGGUGAAGGCACCCUGUAUUCUGAGGGAGGCUUCCUCAGAACAUGGAGCCUAGACCUGCUCUGCAUCCAUUUCUCUCACCCCCUUUUAAACCGCCCACACUAUCACCACACCUUAGGGCAACAAAUUCCAUCCAUUAAUCCUGAAUCGUACGAGGAAGGCCCUCCUUUUUAUUCGUCUACCGCCAACCCAGUUUUCUUGAGCGACUUUCCUCACACUUGUUGCAUUCUGUCUCAGAUUCUCCAGCUGUGGCUCCUGCGUUGCAGGGACACGGACUAG